AUGUCCGCCGAGAUCCAAGACGAGGUCGAGGCCCUCAACUCCAUCUACGGGCCCGAGACCCUCGUGCCCGCCGAAGGAGGAGGAGGAGGAGGGGCAGACGCCGACGACCCGCCGACCUCGUUCAUCCUCCAUUUACCCGGCGACACCGCCCGCUCCUCGCUACGCCUCGUCGUGCCCGCGAGCUACCCCCUCGCGCCGCCCGAGGUACACUCCACGUUUAGCACCGGCCAGGCCUCGCGCGCCACGGCCGCCGCGGAGCUGCGCCUGUUUCGGCACGCCGUCGCCACCGUGUUUCAGCCGGGGAUGCCGUGUCUGUUCGACGCCGUGGAGGAGCUCUCGGUCCUAAUGGCCGCGGAACCGCUCGACGUCGAGCCCGCGGCCGAGUAUCCGCCCGCCGCCGCCGGUGGUGGUGGUGGUGGUGGCGGCGCUGUCGCCGAUGUCGAGGCCGAGGUCGACUACGCGUCCCUGCCCCCUCCGCCGUGGACGCUCUCCGCCCCCUUUACGGAGCAGCGCUCCACUUUUCUCGCGCGCGUCGCGCCCGUCUCCUCGCCCGCCCAGGCCGCCUCCUACGUCCAGCACCUCCUCGCUACGGAUCGCCGCGUCCGCCAGGCCACGCAUAACAUGACGGCCUGGCGCAUCCGCGGCCCCGGUGGCACCUCUUUCCAGGACUGCGACGACGACGGCGAGGCCGCCGCUGGGAGCCGCCUUCUCCACCUCAUGCAGGCCAUGGACUUGUGGGACGUCAUGGUCGUCGUCUCCCGCUGGUAUGGGGGCCUCAAGCUCGGACCGCGGCGCUUCGCCCUCAUCAACCAAACCGCGAGAGACGGCUUCGUGAAGGCUGGCUACGUCAAGGACGCCGCUGACGACAAAAAGAAAAAGAGCAAGUGA